AUGCCAAUCAACUUUGCGAGGCUCCAUGAGAAAUACGGACCGAUUGUCCGAUAUAGCCCCAACGGCCUCAUCUUCAACGACCACGAGCUCCUCGCCGUGGUAUAUGGCCGACGGGCAGAUAAAUCCGACUUUUUCGCUGCAAACUUUGAUAGAGAGGCGACAUUCAACUGCAAAAACUACCAAGACCACGUAGCGAGAAAAAAAGCCAUUGCGACAGCGUAUUCGGAUCCAAAUCUCCGUCUGCUCGAACCGAGCUUGAAUCAGCUCCUGAAGCGCUGGCUGGAGAGGCUGCAAGAGGGCACGGCUCAAGAGGGAAGCGUGGACCUCUACGAGCGCGUAGGUUGGCUGGCAAGUGAUGCGGUGACUCUCUUGAUCACUGGCAAGGCGCUCGGGUUCAUCGAGUCCGCGUCGGACGUACGAAACCUGCUCUACUGCAAGGACAACACGUUCCACUGGAUCAAGUUCCUCGCCAUCACGGAGACGCUGUCAUGGUAUGUGCGCAACACGUGGAUAGGAAGGAGCUUCGUCAUGGCUCGUCCGACCGACACGACGGGUGUCGGCCCGUUCAUGAGGGAAAGAGAUUGCAUCAUGGCGUCGGCGAUAGGUGAGACUGGAGACUUGAAAAGGGAAGCCUGGGUAGAGGGAAGCCUCUUGAGCUCCCUUCUGCUUGCUCACUUUGCCGGCGACGGCAUGUCGCUCGAGGAAAUCCGCGCCGAGGUCCUCUUUGCUCUGCUCGCCGGGUCGUCCGUCACUCCCCUCAACCUCUGGACCAUCGUCUACCUCAUCGCUACGCAAGCCACAGUCCGGGACAAGCUCAGUCUCGAGCUGGAGCGGGCGGAGCUGUCCGGCGCGAUCCCGUCCAAGGCCCACGUCGUCUCUAGCGAGCAGGCCCAGAACCUCGCCUACCUGCGCGCCUGCAUCCGGGAGGCGUUGCGCUUCGCCCCGACCGUCUCGCAGCUCCCGCGGCUGGCCCCCCGGGACACGGGGCUGGAGCUACACGGCGAGCACGUGCCCCCCGGCUACUCCGUCUCGACGAGCCCAUGGGUGCUUGGGCGCAGCGAGAGGCUGUACGGCCCGGACGCGCACGUGUACCGACCGGAGCGCUGGCUGGAGGCCGCGGAGGAGCAGCUGCGGUACUGGGACAGGAACAGCUUUCACUUUGGCUACGGUGGCAGGAAGUGCGCGGCGAGACGGUUUGCGCUGGCUCAGCUGCACAAGAGCGUCGCAGAGGUAAGAAGCGAAUGGCGAUGUGAGCGCAGAUAG